AGUCUCACGCGUACUUCACGGCCAAGGAGAUACCAACAAGAUAGGUAGACUGCAGUGAAGCCUCGUCGCGUGCGGACGUGUGUUCCGGUGAACAUUCGUUAGGUCCUGCACGACUCCAGUACGACCUGUAGUCCUGAAGUGUGUCCUGACCUAUCCAUCGGUCCCACGCCACGAGACGGUCGUCCAGUGCAGCUCUUCUUCUUCAGUGCGUGUAGUGUUUGUGUGUGAAAAGUGUUGCGGCGCCCAAUAUUAGCUGUUGAUAGUUUAACUACCUACUAAGUGGGAAGAUCCACCAAAAGAUAAUGUAAAUACAUUCCCACCAUCCAAUUAUACAGCCACGACAGUUCGCAUCGCAUUAGCUGCUUCCUUUAUGUCGUCAGUGUCACGUCGACGACAAAUCCCCAGCUAACGUCGCCAUGCUUGGCUGUCUUUUGCGAAAGGGCUCGGUACGAUUGGUCCGCUGAUGUGACCCUCGGGACCGUUUUUAAGCGACCCAAGACCACUAAACCGGGGCUCGGCAUACCUUCACUGUGACAUGGUCGAACAGCCUUAGAGCUUCCAGCUCUACUAUCCCGACCCGGCACGAUAAUUCCCCAAACGGUGGCAUUUAGGCAGACGGUCAGAUCAGACCAGCAGGUGCAAGUGAGUGGCUUUCUUUCGUGGCGUGAAAUGCAAGUGCGGGCGUAUGUCGACGUGUUCUGUGUAUGGGCGUUCGUGCACAAUUCUCCCGUUCGUGGCCCGUACCCGUAAUGUGCCCUUUACCCGCGCGGUGCGUGAUUAGAAAACCAAACCGACGCUAAAACCGAAUCAUAAUUAAGUGCUGCCUGUGUGUUGUGCAUCAUCGAUCGUGCUCCAGUGCAAAAGGAUCACCCCGUACGGCCCUUGCUUUUAUUUGUUUGGGACGGUUAGUUUGCGCCGGAAGCAGGGCCAGCAACCAAGCAACGAUGGAACCAGCCACCAAGAAGAACACCGUGUCCGAGUUCAGCUACAUGCUGCAACGACAAGGAAGUGACGACUCUGCUGAAGUGAACGCUUUCGAUGACAUCAACUCAUUGGUGAAGCGUGAUGCGAACCAGGGCAAAGCUACCGAGACGUUAUCAUCGCUACCGCAAGCUUCCUUCAACUACAUCAAUUCAAUCGUCGGCAGUGGCGUCAUCGGUAUACCGUACGCGUUGCACCGGGCCGGCUUCGGGCUCGGGCUGUUUCUGCUAGUGAUUGUGGCAGUCAUCACGGACUAUUCGUUGAUUUUAAUGGUACGGUGCGGUCACCUGAGUGGAAGAUUCAGCUAUCCGGGCGUAAUGGAGGCCGCGUACGGCAAGGGUGGAUACUAUCUGCUAUCGUUGCUACAAUUUAUGUAUCCUUUUUUAGCGAUGAUAUCGUACAACGUCGUUGUGGGCGAUACACUGUCGAAGGUGCUGGUACGCUUCGUACCGUCCUGGGGCAGUUCCAUGGGCAUGGUGCGGUUCGGUGUGGUGCUCGUUGUGACUAUCUUCGUCAUCAUACCGCUGUGUCUGUACAAGAACGUGUCCCGGCUGGCAAAGGCAAGCUUUCUCAGCCUUGCCUGUGUGGUGCUCAUCCUGAUGGCUGUCGUUUACAGGCUUCUAUCGGGUGAUUAUGACGUCGUCCCCAACACUCCUGAAUCUUGGCGAUUUGCACACAGCGAUCUGAUUCCAGCUGUUGGCAUAAUGGCAUUCGCAUUCAUGUGCCACCACAACACAUUUCUGGUGUACCAAUCGAUGCAGAACGCCACCAUGGAACGCUGGGAGAAGGUGACACACAUUUCCGUCGGGUUCGCGUGGCUAGUGGCGGCACUGUUCGGUAUCGCGGGCUACUGCACCUUCCGAGCACUCUCACAAGGUGAUCUACUGGAAAACUAUUGCUGGGAUGACGAUCUGAUGAACUUUGCCCGUGUACUGUUCUCCAUCUCGAUUUUGCUGACGUUUCCGAUCGAAUGCUUUGUGUCGCGAGAAAUCGUUCGCACCCAGAUCAAGCGUUUCUACUCGCAGGAGGUGAUUGAGUACGAUACGGAUAAGGAUCCGAGUCACGUCACCGGAGAGGAGGAUGAUCGGAAGUCGAUGAUCACGACGCUGGUGAUUGUGUUUUCUGCGUUCAUCAUUUCACCCUACACGGAGUGUCUUGGACCAGUGCUGGAACUCAACGGUCUACUUGCCGCCAUCCCGCUAGCGUACGUUCUUCCCGGUCUGGCCUACAUUCAGCUGAGUCCACACUCUCUAUUCAGCCAGGAGAAGCUUCCCGCCGCCGGGUUGGUGUUGUUCGGCACGAUCGUCACUAUCUCCGGGGCGGCGAUUCUUAUGCCAAAUUUAAUUGGAGAUUGUCGGACGGGCAUCAUCAUGGGAUACUGCAAGGAUGAUGAACUGGCACUGAACGGCACGUCCUUCAUAGCGUCCACCAUGGAUCCAAACUGUGCCACGGACAAGGUUUAAAGCUGAUCUUAAAACACAACUACAAGCAGGUGGAACACAUUACAAUCAAAAGCAUGAUACCGUGGAAAACGAAAACCAAAGAGUAUAACAUUAUAGGGAAAUGACUGUUUUAAGGCAAGUGUUUAUCUGAUUGAAGAUAGUUUACACAAAAUGUUAAACUCGUUUUCACUUGAACGUUGAGAUGCAUUGAACGUUACAUUUCGACAGCAUUUGGAGUGCUUCUUAUCGUCAGUAUUAUGUACCUGCAGGACUCUUUCACAGAACAGGACAAGAAGAUUUUCUAUCAAAUUUCUUACACACUUUUCUACCGUCGUUUACCGUUUUGUUUGGAGAGCGAUAUUAAAACUGCUGGUUUAUAUUUACACUAUAAACAAGGAUUUGAGAUGAGAUUACAAAUUUGGAUUGCCAUUAUUUGUCUUGAAGUCUGUUUACAAAUUUAGCUACUAUUUACACACUUUACACACUACUACCACAACCUUUCAAUGCCAUGUUUUACAACAGUUUAAGAUGCUUGCAAGAUAAAUAAAACCCCAAACCAAUCAAUGGUAUGAAAAAUCCAAUUUGCAGAUGAUAAAAGUCCCAUGAUAUGGGCACGAAUUGUACCCACACAAACGCGAUGAAAUAGAACACACACACACACACUCACAUACCCACACAAGUCUUUAUCGAGCGAGUAGCAACGUCUUGAAACUUAUCGUAUUCGCAACUUUUAGGGAACAGAUCAAAAACAUAAUCAGUAACCGUAAGAAAUAUACCAAUCUACUUGUUAGUGCAUCCUGAACCAAAGCUAAUGGACGGUAAACCAAUUUACAUCGCUGUGGAACGUGACGUUGAAUACAUGAUGUACCAAUAUUUAACUAGAGUGAAGCAGAAAAAAACACUAUUGUUAUGAAAACAAGUACGAAAAGUUUAAACUAAAUGAGAGAAGGAAAACAAAAACAACUAUGCUUAAACUGUAUUUUUGUUGUGCGUAAGCGAAAUGUAAACAAUUUCCGACCAACACGGGAGACGGCGCUGUGCAAGCUAUAUGUAGCAUAACUUUAGGCGCAAGAACCAUAUUUAACCCUUACGGUGCAGUAGUACCGCAGCGUUGCAACGUUGUAGUUUAGCAACAAGAAUUUAAAUCGUCGUUUAUUUUCGUCCAUCAAUCUGGUUACGUUACUGGACUUUUAUAUGAUUUUUUUUAGUAGAAACAAAUAUCUCGAAUUUUAUUUGAAGCUUAAAUUAGGAGAAAAACUUUCAAUAAAUUUGUUCAGAUAUUGAAUAGAAUCAUAUAUUAUUACCACUCACAGAUUCGUACAUGCAGCUAAAGAGUCAUAGAGUACAUAGGAAUAGGAUAUAUUUUAAGUAGCUAAAUUUAUCAAAUCAAUCUAUGAUAGGAGAAAGGAAUCAAACGAACAACAAGGACUACCAGAAGAGAGCAGAGAACAAAACCCAACUAGAACUCCAUAUUAUGAGCUGAUGUUAAUGAAUGUUAGACAAUGUACUGAAUAAAAUCCAACUAGAUCGAUCGGUAGCUAUCGUGUUGUUAGUUCGUUUAUCAAAAUUAAUAAUAAAACAAAAAAUCUCACAUGCAAAAUACAACCUCACGCGAUUAGCAUGCAUUAGCGUGCCCCGCAUCACUAUUCACACCUUGAUAGCUUUCUCCCCGAGUUGAUCGAUUUGAUCCAGUAUUUAUUGACACCUCAACUGAUCAGCCCCUCGUUAAAUGGGUCAUGAAUGUAGUUCAAGGUAGGGUGCAUUUUGAAGUUAUGUAUCAAUAUUUUGUUCAUCAAUUUCAUCAUUUCCCCUAAAUUGCGACGACCCAAAUUUGCCCACCAAAGGUUUUCGUUUUUCUUUCUUCCCUCACACAUAGAUUUUGCAACAGUCGGUUUAUCGUUUUGAUUCAUUUUAUUUCACUUGGCAUUUUGAAAUACAUCUCAAAACACACACCUAAUGCGUGGUAUUCCUUUGGAGUUCGACAUUCGUCAACAAAAUAAUUAAUCACACCGUAUCUUCAAACAGAUGUACACCAUCUGAAGCAUGUUCGCUCGUUUGCUUUACAUAAUGCUUCACUCCUAAUCGCACUGUUUCCGGGGGAGAAGGGGAUGUGCGCACCGUACACUACCCCCGGCACAGGAACCCCUAACCAUAAGACAUCACAAUUAUUUGAUUCAAUCAUCGCUGGACAGAUAUUACUGCUACUGGCUAUCUCGCUGCAGCUCACAAGUAAGCUUACCACUAGUAGGCGUACGCCGGCAAUACCGCGUACCGUACCCCGGUUUUGUUAAAACAAUUGAGAAAACUGUGUUACCAUUUUACGCUACCCUAUCGUCCUGCUCACUACAGCCUACUACUGCCUGCAUCCUUUCGAGAAACACAAUGGCCGUAUCCUAAUUUAUAUGCAAUAAACUAAACUUAUAAUUUUUAAAAACAAAACUUUUCCAAAUUAUUUGGAAUACCGUUCAAUUUUGGGAUGCAAUGUACGCAUCCAAAGUGCGUCUACCCCGGAUUGACGGAGGAAAGAUGCAAAUUGUAAGUUUCCAUUCCAUUCCAAAAUCGUUUAAAAUUUGCGUUGUGUAUAUAUGCGCCCAUUAUUAAUAUUUAUAAAACCAUGCUGACGUUUUUAAAAAAGGAAAUUUAUCUUUUUUUGUGCUUUUCCUUUUAGUACUGCAACUUACUCUGCCCACGUCAGCAUGCAAAUCUUUAUCCUGGCCUCUGCCUUUAGUAAACUCUCUCUCUCUCUUGCUCUCCUUGGUUACCAUCGUAAACCCUUAAUAUGCGCAAUACACACAUAAAUAUAUUGAGAAAUAAUUUAAUGUACUCUCCCACUCCCUCCUCUCUCUCUCUCUCCCUCAUAUCUUCUCUCCCACUCUCAGACACACUUAAAAUAUCCAAUAAAAAUAGUAAUAAUAAAAUUAAUUCUCAUCGACCGAUCUAGUUCUAUAACAUUUACGUACCGCGCACUCAAAUCUCCCUCUCUCUCUCUCUCUCCUUCUCUUUCGUACUCUUUCGUUUCUCUGACCCCGUCGUCACAGCACAAGUUCGUAAUUUUGAUUUCAUUUGUAUGUAGUGUAAGGCAAGCAGUUUGCUUCUCCUAUCAACUGAUCCGUCCAAGAACAAGUUCAUCCGAGAAACUAAACUAAUACGAAGCGAAUGAAAACGUGCGCAUGAAUGACCGAUGGGUUAUAAAUAUAUUAAAAACGCGCUCAGAAAAUGAAUGUCCAGCUUUGUGCUUCAACUGUGCUUUGCAGACUCUCCACAGGGGGUAGAAAUGUCUAAAACUACAAUCACGGCACGCAAAACAGAAAAGCUCCCAAAGCAUAGCUGGGCCACAACUCUCAAUCACACCUGUGAUCGCAGUUUGUCCCCUAUUUCCGGGCUCUUUUUUUGCUAGUGUCCGCGAACGUGAAAGGAUGUCCACCACCGAGCGAGUCUAGCAUUAGAAUGUCUAAAGUCAACGUGUCAAACUGACCGUUACCGAAACUGCCUAAUACUUCGCGUCUGCUGCAACGAAACAUCCCACACGGUACGGGCGAGAUGCUUGGAGAGCCAUUCUCGUUUGAAGAUUCGCAGUUUUUUGUCUGUGUUGUGUUGAUGUGGUUUUGUGUGAUUUUGCAUUGUAGUUUUUUGUUCCUUACUGUGUUUAUCUGUGCUGUGAAGAACUUAAAAACACGAACCGGUUAGUCUGUGUCCAGCCUGGGUCCUGUAGUUUUGCGUGCAGUCCGGCGUCCGUUGCUGUUCUGGUAGUCGUCGUCGGUUUUAGGUUGAGUUAAUUAAUUAAAAUCACAUUCAGC